ACGACUACCGUUGCAUUCGUCACCAACGUCGUCGGGUCUGGGAGCUAAUUUUCGCGGCGGACAAUCCACCGCCUGUUUUUGCAGAGCUCAUCAAAUCAUCCCCUUUCCACCAUACCAUAUCACUCUCUUCUCCUAUUUUUUCCCACACCCACUUUCCUUUUCUUAUGCUUCUUUGAGUUCAGAGAAUUUCACUGGCAAUUCUGUUUUCCCCCUCAUCUUCUUUAUAUUGCAUUUUAAAAACGAAAUUCGUUAACGCAAGUAUGAGCUCAAUUUGUUGAGACGAUGAUUUGAUUCCCGGAUCCAAGGCAGUUGCUUGAUCACGGGCUACCAAGAUGGCUUGGUUUAGUGGAUCAAAUUCAUGGGGCAACUUCCCUGAUUUGGCGGGAGCAGUGAAUAAGCUUCAGGAGAGUGUGAAGAAUAUUGAGAAAAAUUUUGACUCCGCUCUUGGGUUUGAAGGGAAGUCUGAAUCCAGCAAUGAAGGUAAUUACAUUGUACAAGAAAAAACAUCUGGACAGUCUGAAUCAUCCCAACAAAAACCUGUAUCCCAGGAUAUGAUGAAAAAUACUGAGCCUUCAAAUCAUCCAACAAUUACUGAGGUAGAAGGAGUUGGAAAUGAUAAUGCGGCCCGUACCGAAACUGAAGAAAUUGCUUCUGGAGAAGAAAAGAAAGUGAUCACAGUAGAGGAGGGUGAUAAGCUUAUAGAGUCAGAAAGUGGAACCAUGGUGCAGAAGUCAGACCAUGAAAAGGAAGAAAACCAGUUUCCUGCAAUGCCAGCUGAUUCGUCUGAACCCAUCAUGCAGAAUGUUGAACGUUCUGUUUCUGUUGACGGUCCUCAAGAGAAUGAAAUUGAUGAAGUUGAGAAUACUGCAAGUCCAGUGCCAGCACAACUCAAGCCUGUUAAUCUUGGGAAGGAUCAAGUUGAGGGUAGUUUGAGUGAGCAAAGUGAGCUGCAUGGUGUUACUGAUGUGCAAGAUAAUUUCCAAGCCAAGACAGAAGAGGAGAGGAAAGAAGAGAGGGUGCAAGAAGAAGCUAUUAUGGAGCAAGUUUCUCCAGCACAAUCUGAGGAAUCUGGUAAUAGCAAAGGUGGAGAUGAGACAAAGCCUCCUGUUUUGCAUUCUGUGGCUACUGAGGAAACUGAUAGCAUUAAUCUAUCACAUGAUGAACACUUAACCAAUGCUAGUCCUCAAAAUGAGUCUUUUAAUGUGCUACCCAAUUUGGGUUUGCACGAAAAUGAAGAAAUUCUCAGGGCAGUUGAAGGGGAUCACUUAGUCAAUGAUGUUAAAACUGACAAGAAAGAGCAGCAUCCCAAUUCUGUAAUGGAUAACUCUGACUCAGAUUCUUUGCUUGAGCUGGAGAAAGUGAAGAGCGAGAUGAAAAUGAUGGAAACUGCACUCCAAGGUGCUGCAAGACAAGCUCAGGCCAAAGCUGAUGAGAUAGCCAGAUUGAUGGGUGAAAAUGAACACAUGAAAGCUAUGAUUGAGGAUUUAAAGAGAAAAUCCAGUGAGGCAGAAGUUGAGACUUUGCGAGAGGAAUAUCAUCAGAAGGUUGCAACUCUUGAGCGAAAGUUGUAUGCUCUCACUAAGGAAAGAGAUACGCUUCGACGAGAGCAGAGUAAAAGAAGUGAUGCAGCUGCUUUAUUGAAGGAAAAGGAUGAAAUAAUUACUCAGGUUAUGGCUGAAGGUGAAGAGCUUUCAAAAAAGCAGGCUGCUCAGGAAGCUACUAUGAGGAAAUUAAGGGCUCAGAUUAGAGAGCUUGAGGAGGAGAAGAAAGGUUUGACUACUAAACUUCAGGUGGAGGAGAAUAAGGUAGAGAGUAUCAAGAGGGACAAGUUGGCUACAGAGAAGUUAUUGCAGGAAACAAUAGAAAAACAUCAAACAGAAAUUGCUGCACAGAAAGAAUAUUAUUCUAAUGCGUUGGCUGCUGCGAAGGAGGCUGAAGCAUUAGCAGAGGCACGUGCCAACACUGAAGCCAGAACUGAAGUAGAGAGUCGAUUAAGAGAGUCUGAGGAACGUGAAUCUAUGCUGGUCCAGGCACUUGAAGAAUUGAGGCAAACUUUGAGUAGACAGGAACAGCAGGCAGUCUUCAAAGAAGAUAUGCUUCGCAGGGACAUUGAGGAUCUUCAAAACCGAUAUCAGGCAAGUGAAAGACGUUGUGAGGAACUGAUUACACAAGUUCCAGAAUCUACAAGACCGCUUUUAAGGCAAAUUGAAGCCAUGCAGGAAACAAAUGCCAGAAGGGCAGAAGCUUGGGCUGCCGUUGAGAGAACCCUUAAUUCUCGACUUCAGGAAGCAGAGGCUAAAGCUGCAGCUGCUGAAGAAAGAGAGCGGUCCAUAAAUGAACGCUUAUCUCAAACCUUGUCUCGAAUUAAUGUCCUUGAGGCUCAGAUUUCAUGCCUAAGAGCUGAACAGAACCAGUUAAGUAGAUCCCUUGAGAAGGAGAGACAAAGGGCGGCUGAAAAUAGGCAGGAAUACCUUGCAGCCAAGGAGGAAGCGGACACUCAAGAAGGUCGUGUGAGACAACUUGAAGAUGAGAUUAGGGAACUGAGGCAGAAACACAAACAAGAGUUGCAGGAGGCAUUAAUUCAGAGGGAACGUCUACAGCAGGAGAUUGAAAAGGAAAAGGCUGCACGGGCAGAUUUGGAGAGGACUGCUCGUGACCACACUCCCGCAAUGAAGAAAAUUCCUGCUUCUGAGAAUGGCAACCUGUCUCGGAAAGUCUCUAGUGCAAGCUCCUUGGGAAGCAUGGAAGAAAGCUAUUUUCUGCAGGCGUCACUGGACACAUCUGACAGUUUCACCGAAAGAAGAAACCUUGGAGAGCCAAGCAUGAGUUCUUACUAUAUUAAGAGCAUGACACCUAAUGCUUUUGCAGCUGCACUUCGUCAAAAGGAGGGCGAACUUGCUUCAUAUAUGUCACGUUUGGCAUCAAUGGAAUCUAUCCGUGAUUCUCUUGCUGAGGAGUUGGUGAAAAUGACGGGACAGUGUGAGAAGUUGCGUGGGGAGGCUGCCAUGUUGCCUGGCUUACGAGCAGAGUUAGAAGCUUUGCGGAAGAGGCACUCUGCUGCUUUGGAGUUGAUGGGAGAACGUGAUGAGGAGCUGGAGGAACUUCGUGCGGAUAUUGUGGACUUGAAGGAAAUGUACAGGGAACAAGUCAAUUUACUUGUGAACAAGAUCCAGAGAGUGAGUUCAUCAACGGCUAGCGCCUAACUUCGCUUGGAGAAAAGAGGUGGUUAUAUUGAAAUUUAAUGCCUUUAGUCUCUAGAGAGAGAGAGAUAUAUAUAUAUAUAUAUAUUGCCUAUCUUGAAAUCAGAUUCUUUAAGUCACCUUGUUAUAUGUAAUCUGUAUAAUGACUACAAGGUUGUAUAGUCAAUUUUCUCAACGCCAAAAUCACUGCAACUUCCAAAGAAUUUUGAAACUUCUGAUUGAGACAAAGCACCAAGAAAUGGAUUUUUUUUUUUUAAGCUUGUGAUUUCAACAAAGACUGAAGACCUAUACAAGGUUUGCUUGAUUGAGGUUUGAUAAUUAUCAAAUGAGACACAAUUUACUU